CUAACUCCACUUCUCCCUCCGUUGGCUCGCUACGGUUCUGUUGCCUCCGGCGGGAGCGGGGCCUCCCGGCGCCCCCUCAAAUCCCCGGCCUCGCCGCCUCCUCUUCCUUCUCUAAACGUUGCUCUUGGUUCAUGCUUUUUCAUUUUUAAAUUUAAUAACAUUUUUUCCUCACAACUUUUAACUUCGUUGUUUUGGCUGGUUUGGUUUCUGUGUGCUCAACUUGUGCUCGGUACUUUUCUCCUUUCUGACUUUGUUUUUAUUUUUAUUCUCUCUCUCCUCUCUCUCUCUUUCUCUCUCUCUCUCUCUCUCUCUCUCUCCCCCCCUCCCUCCUCCUCCUCUCCUCUUUCUUACCUCUCUCCCUCCCUCUCUCCUUUCUCUCAUCUUUAUCCCUUCCCCUCUUUUCUGUUCACCCUCUUCUCUCUGCUCUUUUUCCCUUUCCACCCCCCUCCUCUGUUCUCCCUCACCUCCUGCGCCCCCUCCCUCUUCCCGGGUUCUGACAGUACGAUGAGCUACCCCAUUACGGCGGGAUGGACGGAGUAGGGGUUCCCGCUUCCAUGUACGGAGACCCUCACGCGCCACGGCCGAUCCCCCCGGUUCACCACCUGAACCACGGGCCGCCGCUCCACGCCACACAGCACUACGGCGCACACGCCCCGCACCCCAAUGUCAUGCCGGCCAGCAUGGGAUCCGCUGUCAACGACGCCUUGAAGCGGGACAAGGACGCGAUCUAUGGGCACCCGUUGUUUCCUCUGUUAGCUCUGGUCUUUGAGAAGUGCGAGCUGGCGACCUGCACUCCCCGAGAACCUGGAGUGGCCGGCGGAGACGUCUGCUCCUCCGACUCCUUCAACGAGGACAUCGCGGUCUUCGCCAAGCAGGUUCGCGCCGAAAAGCCCCUUUUUUCCUCAAAUCCAGAGCUGGACAAUUUGAUGAUACAAGCAAUACAAGUCCUAAGGUUUCAUCUUUUGGAGUUAGAAAAGGUCCACGAACUGUGCGAUAACUUCUGCCACCGAUACAUUAGCUGUUUGAAGGGGAAAAUGCCCAUCGACCUCGUCAUUGAUGAAAGAGACGGCAGCUCCAAGUCAGAUCAUGAAGAACUUUCAGGCUCCUCCACAAAUCUCGCUGACCAUAACCCUUCUUCUUGGCGAGACCACGAUGAUGCAACCUCAACCCACUCAGCAGGCACCCCAGGGCCCUCCAGUGGGGGCCAUGCUUCCCAGAGCGGAGACAACAGCAGUGAGCAAGGGGAUGGUUUAGACAACAGUGUAGCUUCACCUGGUACAGGUGACGAUGAUGAUCCGGAUAAGGACAAAAAACGCCAGAAGAAAAGAGGCAUUUUCCCCAAAGUAGCAACAAAUAUCAUGAGAGCAUGGCUCUUCCAGCAUCUCACACAUCCGUACCCUUCCGAAGAGCAGAAGAAACAGUUAGCGCAAGACACAGGACUUACAAUUCUCCAAGUAAACAACUGGUUUAUUAAUGCCAGAAGAAGAAUAGUACAGCCCAUGAUUGACCAGUCAAAUCGAGCAGGUUUUCUUCUUGAUCCUUCAGUGAGCCAAGGAGCAGCAUAUAGUCCAGAGGGUCAGCCCAUGGGGAGCUUUGUAUUGGAUGGUCAGCAACACAUGGGGAUCCGGCCUGCAGGACCUAUGAGUGGAAUGGGCAUGAAUAUGGGCAUGGAUGGGCAAUGGCACUACAUGUAACCUUCAUCAUGUAAAGCAAUCGCAAAGCAAGGGGGAAGUUUGCAGAGCAUGCCAGGGGACUACGUUUCUCAGGGUGGUCCUAUGGGAAUGAGUAUGGCACAGCCAAGUUACACUCCUCCCCAGAUGACCCCACACCCUACUCAAUUAAGACAUGGACCCCCAAUGCAUUCAUAUUUGCCAAGCCAUCCCCACCACCCAGCCAUGAUGAUGCACGGAGGACCCCCUACCCACCCUGGAAUGACUAUGUCAGCACAGAGUCCCACAAUGUUAAAUUCUGUAGAUCCCAAUGUUGGCGGACAGGUUAUGGACAUUCAUGCCCAAUAGUAUAAGGGAACUCAAGGGAAAAGGAAACACACGCAAAAACUAUUUUAAGACUUUCUGAACUUUGACCAGAUGUUGACACUUAAUAUGAAAUUCCAGACAGCUGUGAUUAUUUUUUACUUUUGUCAUUUUUCAUCAAGCAACAGAGGACCAAUGCAACAAGAACACAAAUGUGAAAUCAUGGGCUGACUGAGACAAUUCUGUCCAUGUAAAGAUCCUCUGGAAAAAGACUCCGAGAGUUAUAACUACUGUAGUAUAAACAUAGGAACUAAGUUAAACUUGUACAUUUCUGUUGAUCACGCCGUUAUGUUGCCUCAAAUAGUUUUAGAAGAGAAAAAAAAAAUAUAUCCUUGUUUUCCACACUAUGUGUGUUGUUCCCAAAAGAAUGACUGUUUUGGUUCAUCAGUGAAUUCACUAUCCAGGAGAGACUGUGGUAUCUAUUUUAAACCUGUUGGGCCAAUGAGAAAAGAACCACACUGGAGAUCAUGAUGAACGUUUGGCUGAACCUCAUCACUCGAACUCCAGCUUCAAGAAUGUGUUUUCAUGCCCGGCCUUUGUUCCUCCAUAAAUGUGUCCUUUAGUUUCAAACAGAUCUUUAUAGUUCGUGCUUCAUAAGCCAAUUCUUAUUAUUAUUUUUGGGGGACUCUUCUUCCAAGAGCUUGCCAGUGAAGAUUUAAAGACAGAGCAGGAGCUUCUUCCGGGAGUUCUGAGCCUUGGUUGUGGACACAACAAUCUUAAGUUGGGCAGCUUUCCUCAACACAAAAAAAGUGAUUAAUGGUCAUUGAACCAUAACUAGGACUUUAUCAGAAACUCAAAGCUUGGGGGAUAAAAAGGAGCAAGAGAAUACUGUAACAAACUUCGUACAGAGUUCGGUCUAUUAAUUGUUUCAUGUUAGAUAUUCUAUGUGUUUACCUCAAUUGAAAAAAAAGAAUGUUUUUGCUAGUAUCAGAUCUGCUGUGGAAUUGGUAUUGUAUGUCCAUGAAUUCUUCUUUUCUCAGCACGUGUUCCUCACUAGAAGAAAAUGCUGUUACCUUUAAGCUUUGUCAAAUUUACAUGAAAAUACUUGUAUGAGGACUGUGACGUUAUGUUAAAAAAAAAAGGUGUUAAGUCACAAAAUGCGGUAAUAAAUAUUUCAUUUUUGAUUUUUUGUUA